AUGAAGCUUCACUUUCCCUCACGGCUAAGUAUAGUGGUUGCAGUCGAAGGCUGGCUUUUUAGAGGUUGUUGGGUGUUAAUGCUGCAACCUGUAUCUUUAUGGUACUACUUUCUUUGGGCUUUUGUUGAUGUGAAUCAUGUGAUGCUGAUAAUUAAACCAGAGGAUUGUUCAACUUCUGUGGAUGUGGAUCAUGAGAAAACAUGCUGGGGUUGUGGGCUCCAAGUUCUUGUUUCUCCAUGUACAGAUGUUUUCAAAUGUGGCUGGUGUGGAGCUAUAACAAAGCAAUACACAUUGAAAUGUGAAAACCAGUGCUUCAAGUGGAGACGCUUACGAGACCGAUGUAUUGUCAGUGUCGUCCUUCUAUUUAAGCUAUUCUUUAUAUGUGGUGGCAUUUGGGCAAUUUAUCCUAUCACCUUUUCCAUCAGUUUCUUUUGUGGUGUUUUUCACUUAAUAGUUGCUGUAAUCUUGUCUAUAUCUACUUUAUCUACAUUUUGCUUAGCGGCAUUUCGACCUGCUGGUGCUCCACCAAUUAUACUGUGGGGUAGCUAUCCCACUGUGGGGAAAGGUGGACUGGAGAACUACACCUUCUGUCACUAUUGA